AUGAGUGCACUUCCUGAAAUCCUUCGUCUGAUUCUUGGACUCGCCAUAUACGAGAAAGCGCCCGAGUCGGCGCAAGCGACCCCAGCUCUGCUGAAGCAGAACCUCUUCGGUGCACACCCGUACGCCCACACAUUGCUCGCGUUCGUGGAUGGCAAAGCAGUCGCAAUUGCUAUGUACUUCUUUAACUUCUCGACGUGGAAGGGAAAGCCCGGUUUAUAUUUGGAAGACUUGUUUGUUGAGCCCGAAUACAGGAAGAUGGGCAUCGGGAAGGCGUUGUUUGGAGAGCUGGGACGAGUGGCCGAAGUGCACGAAUGCGGUCGGAUGGACUGGUCAGUACUGAAGUGGAACCAGCCAAGCAUCGACUUUUAUGAGAAGGCACUCGGGGCAUUUGGGAUGAAGGAGUGGGAAGGAAUGCGGUUGGAGGAAGAGGGCAUUAAGGGCCUCAGGAGGUUGAGGGUGCCUGAGGCUACUGCUCCUCAGUAG